UCGCGCGUGGUGCCACGCUAGAAACAUGCGCGCUUGUAAGCUAGUUGUUCUCGCUCAAUCCGUUCGCGACUUACGAGGCUCAUUUGGAUUAAACCAAAAGUCAGCACUGGAAUCCAGGCGGCCCGGGAGGCAGUUUUCCCACCCAGUUGUUAGCGGGAUAUGCAGAACAUGUAAUGCAAGCUGUGGUAAAGUUGAGUUAUAUAUUACGAAGUCAAAACGCUGCGCGACAAGAACAACACAGUAGGCAACGUCCUCGCUUGUAUAUAAUCCCGCUUCUAUCAGGUAGCUUUAAGGCUCGCUCGCUAGUUUGGAAUUACAUCUAGCAGCCAUGGAGAGCGCGAGGCACGGUGGAACAAAAGCAGUGCUCAAGUUCUCUGCGAUAGUCGUCCUGGUUUUGUGGACGUUCUUGUGGUUUAUGAGACCAUUGGACGCGUAUCAGAAGUUUUGGACCCCCGCGCAGGCUCAAACAAGGACCAAAGCAUAUUACAAUGGACCGCAGAUCGUGGUAUAUUGCGCUCCGAUCAUUUUCGCGGGGAUCGCAACGGCUCUGGCUUAUCACCACAAGAGAAAGCAGGCCUUCAAGAUCAAGAACAGCAGCUUACGAGCCUUCAGGAGCAAUCCAGAAACAUACCCACUAUUCAUCAGGGGACCACUUUCGAUUGUUUCAGCGGCGGACUUCCUUUUCUUAUGCGCUUUGGUGCUCUUUACCGUCUACACCUUCACGGCUUACUACAUACGAUCGGUGAACUCAAUAAAUCGAGCCAAGCUUCGUGAGCCCUUGUGGCACAAGAAGCUAGAGAUAGCAGCAGUGGAAGCGGGUCUAGCUGGUCUCUUUUGCAUGGCAAUCCUGUUCUUCCCAGUGACUAGAGGCUCUACACUUCUCCGACUUCUCAACAUUCCUUUUGAGCACGCAGUCAAAUACCACAUUUGGAUUGGAAUCACCAUGCUGGUGGCUUGGACUGUUCAUGGGCUGUUGUACAUAAUCUACUGGAUAAUCGAGAAAAAGAUCCACGAGCUCUGGGCCUGGCACAGCGACGAGAUAAGUGGCUUGUCUGGACUCAUUGCGUUGAUAAUUGGACUAGUAAUGUGGGCGACUUCUAUCGGCUGGGUUCGCAAGGCAAAUUUUGAGCUUUUCUAUUACACCCAUCAUCUAUACAUACUGUUCAUCCUCUUUUUUGGCUUGCACCUUGGAGAUCGAUUCUACGCUAUGGUUCUGGGUGGCGUCAUGUUAUUCGCCGUAAAUCGACUCUUGAGAUUUGUGCAAUCUCGACAAAAGGUUGAUGUCAUGGGAGUAAGAGUGCUGAGCUCUGAGACCAUUGAGCUCGUGUUUGCAAAGGAACCAGAGCUACAUUACAGCGCAGCUAGCUUCGUUUUUCUCAACUUGCCAGCCAUCUCCAAACUCGACUGGCAUCCUUUCACGGUUAUUUCCAGCUCCAACGUCGAGACCGACCGUCUUACACUACUGAUAAAAAAGAAUGGAGACUGGACCUCAAAGAUCAUUAGCAUGAUCCAAGAUAAUGGAGGAUCGCUGCAACUUGAGGCUGGAAUAGAAGGUCCUUAUGGCCACAACUUGGACUACAUAUCAAGAUACCAGGUACUAGUUUUCAUUGCUGGAGGAAGUGGCAUCUCUCCAUUCUUGUCCAUGCUCAAAGAUAUCCUCUACAGCAUCCAAGCAAAGUCUCUCACGCCACCCAAAGAUAUCAUCCUCGUCUACACAGUCAAGACGUCGGACGAGCUCCAUAUCCUCAACUCGAUCACUCCAGCUCUGAUCUGCCCAGAGUUUGCGCACGCUCUCAACAUCGAAGUCCAAGCGUAUGUCACCCGCGAGCAAGCAGCAGACUUGGAGCAAAACAACGCCGGCCCGAAAGAGAUCCAGCUGCUCAAAGCUCCGAGCAUAAGAAAAGGCGGCCCAGUGCUGAUCCACGCCGAGCCAUCUCCAAAGUCCGUGACAAGGUAUGCUGCUCAGCAGCUGCGAGCAAUUUCUCCACCUUUGGCUGGGAGUGGCGUCGUCGAAGCGGCCGUCAUCUUCGCGUCCUUCUUCGGGUUUAUGUUCCUGGCCGGGAUCAUUGGCCGCUUCUGGAUUUACAGUCACUAUACUUCCAAGGACAAGGACUUUGAUCGAUCUCUUGGAGCACUCCUAGCUUUUCUCGAGUCACUCUUUGGUGUUAUAAUUGCUGGAGCAGCCAUUGCGUACGUUGCAAACUCCGUCAGGAGGAAGAGGCAAUGGACGCCAUCGCCCACAACAAUGACCAAUGUGGGAUCUCCGGAAGAAAGCCUCAAGCCUGUCAGCGUUCACUAUGGACAUCGUCCAGAUUUUGCGAGUGUAUUUGCUGGUCUUGCCAAGAGCACCAUUAACAUGAAUGUGGGAGUGUUUGCUUGCGGCCCCAUGAGCAUGCAGGAAGGCGUUGCAGCGUUAUGCCAGGAGUAUAGAAAAACUGCUGAGAACGCGACCUACAAUUAUCAUUCGCUGAAUUUCGACUUGUAGGCUUGAAAAUGCGAUUGGUCAACAGGAAUCUCACCGGACUAGAAACCUCUCCAUUCCAAUAGCAAGAGAUGCAUAUGCCAGGAUACAAAGUCAAACCAUAACUACCAAUGUAAAUAGGAACUGAAAAUAAGAAAGCAUAGCACU